UGUGAAGAUACCGGAUUGGCAGUGAUAAGGGAAAGCAACGUUUGAUACAUGCAUCAUAUAUAUAGUACGGACCCUUAGGAGUCGAUUCUUGUGUAAGUCGUAUAAAGUGAAGGCCAACAGGGGGCUAAAGUGCAAAAAUAUAGAUUUCAAAAACGACCCAUCGGACAACGGCGAUAUCACGACGCUUCUUAAAUCAUCCCGAAUUGUUAACGUCUGUCUACAAUGUUGUCAACAUGGCGAAAGAAAGCAGCAUGUGCGCGGACACUCCAAUGAUGCUGGAUAUUACCUUAUCUGGAACCAUCAGAUGUAUUUGUCGUAUUGAUACUUUACUAGUUUAGCUCGGACACUUUCAGUUAUUUGGUUUAGAAUAAUUGACUUUAAUUUUUAACGACAACGUACGGAUUAUUUGGAAAACAAGCCUCCAUAAGUAUUUCUUUAUUCUUUCUUUUCCUGUAUUUAAUUCUACAUUGCAAUUUCAAACUCGACUUCCUUACAAUUUUGUUUGGGUAACAAAAGGAUUAUAAAAUUUUGACUCUGGUAGCUUCUUCCAGCUGACAAUUUGUGCUUAGUUCCGGAAGGACGUCGUGAUGUUGGAUUAUUGUUCCAGUGACGGGUCCGGGACCUCGGGAUACCAUCCCAAUCCCAGCCCCACAACGAUGGCAAAUUUGCUGAACAUGGGUAUGGACAAUAGUCGUGUUGGUCAACCAGCAUUUGUAUUAAGUAGUCCUCCAUUGGCCGCUCUUCAUAACAUGACGGAGAUGAAGACUCCUGCCUCCUCCGCUAGCAUGCUCACUCAAUCCGGGUACUCGCAGGGUAACCAAAAACAUUUUUCCUGGAACGGCACUCCCCAUGGUAUCUGUGACAUCCUUGGUCGCCCUAGCAUGGCAGCAUUAGGACUUUCUCGUCUGAACGCGGCCGGGAUGUAUCUCAAUUCGCAAGGACGACUUCCAAAGUUAGCGGAACUACCCGGCCGGCCCCCAAUUUACUGGCCAGGAGUUAUAAACGGUUCUAACUGGCGACCAACGGGCCACAGUUCGGUAGUUGUAGACAAGGAUGGGAAGAAGAAGCACACAAGACCAACAUUUUCUGGGCAGCAGAUAUUUGCCCUCGAGAAGACAUUCGAACAGACCAAGUACCUAGCAGGUCCAGAGCGUGCGCGCCUCGCUUAUGCCCUCGGCAUGUCGGAGAGUCAGGUCAAGGUAUGGUUUCAAAAUAGGCGCACAAAGUGGAGAAAGAAGCACGCUGCAGAAAUGGCCACUGCAAAGAAGAAACAGGAACAAGCAGAAGAAAUGGAUGAAAACUCCGAGGACAUGGAAGAUGAUGGAUCAGACGAAGACAAAUUGCAGGACAGACUAGACGAUUUUCUGGAACAUCAAGGUUUAUAGGUGUUUAGUUACCAUAAUAAUCUUUAGUGAUGGUUCCGAUAACGACACUCAUGUCACGUAGUACACAAUCUAUGAUGACGUAAUACAGAAACACGUCACCUAGAGCGCUGAGUGAGGUGACGUAGAUAGAUACGUCAGUAUAAACAUGUACAAUGGUGACGUAGAGAGGGUCACGUGACUGGCCCUUAUAGUGACCAAAGAGUGGUCAGAAUUCCGGAAUGAAGAGCAACGGUAGGCAGUAACCUUACAGACCUUUGAUGUGUUAUGAUAAACUACAAGAAUGAUAUCAUUUGAAUCUCAGAGGUCGUGAAGUGCAUUUUCACCUAUCGCUGCAGUUGAUGACGAGUGAAGCAAUUAAUCCGAGCUUAGUGUGAACUGACAAAAUAUUGCACAUUGAAGACCUUGAGAGCUAAACCGAUCUUAGUUCUUAUUGAGUUGAAGAUGACAUAAGAGGAUUCCCGCGCUGCCACGUGACGUCACAGAUAACGACUGCUUGUCGUCUGCUUCUUACGACGAACAAUCCGACAAAGGUCGUGUAUUCCAUACAAUAUAUGUGUAUCAAAUCAUGAAACGCCAAAAUUUUCAUAAACUUUUGUUUUAAUUUUUGUCAUGUUGAUGCAAAGUUGUAAACGAUAGUUUUACAACUGAAAAGUAUUUUACGACGAAUAAACAGUUUAACUUCUAAGUCAGUGAAAAUGACUUACUUAUUGCAUACCCGACCAAGGCUUUCUCUCGUAACUCACCAAAUAUUGACAAAGGAAAGCCUAUAUUCAUUAGGAUACCAUUUAUCAAGAUUCAGCUAUCGCAAGCUUAUUCUUCGUUUACCGUAUUUGACAGUUGCUUCGGAAUGUGCAAUACCACGUCCCAGUGCUAGACUCGAACAACGCUCUCCACCUUCGAAAUUUAAAAUUUAUAGUUUUAACACACCCUUUCGACCUGACGAAUGUCUCUACUCCUUGGUAGGGGGUGUAUUUUAUCAUAAAAAUCAUACAAGAGAACGAUGACUUUCUCCAAGGUUUGUUUUAGGUCGUGAUUUGUUGCAGUUAAAUGCCAGUCGUACAGGCGUGUGUGGUAUAGGGAUAUAAGACUAUGUUAUCCGCUCUUAUGUAAGACUUAACAUUUGUACCUGUGUGCACUGACAGGUAUACCUCGGACGAUAACGCUGCUGACGGGGGGCAAGUCAGAUAGCAUUUAUUACGUGCUGGAGCCACCUGCUUUACUACAAGCUGACCAGGAACGUGAGGGAUAAUUCAUACAGACACUAUCUCUAAAUCAUACAAAAUGACUUGUAAAAGUGUGUGUACAGUUCAAAAUCAAUCCGGGGAUUUUGGGUUUGACAUGCAAUUAUGAUGUCAGAAUAAAUCCGAUGAUUGAUGCUGCGGAUGAAACGUAUGCCAAUUGUAUUUAUGUUACAUUGUACUACCAUACCUGGCAAGUCACACAUAGUUUUAUUCAGGCUCAGAGUAUCGUUUGAUAGAGAGUCAGUAAUAAUUCACGACUUUGGAACGUAACGCUAUGAAGUUUAGGACUUUACAUUCAUGCUGAUAAAUAACCUCGUUUACGGCCAAUAGCAGAUCCAGAUGAAUAUUUACCAAGAGCAUCAUCAAUGUUGUAAAGCAAUUUGUAAUCAUGUAGGUGUGCAAUAAUUAAUCAUAUCAUAAAUCGUAAAAAUAAAAUUUUAAUAAAACAACAAAAUAUGACCGCAAACAGAUGCUAACAAGCAUGUGAAAAAUAUUUUGAUAAUAGAUUAACGUAUUGUUUAUAUAAAUCAAUUGUUUGUUAAAACAAAUAUCGACAUGAAUUCAUGAUACAUAAAAACCUUUUAAUAAUACAAAGUAUACAUAAAAAGAAACUAUUGAUAUCAUUCUAUUUCAUGAAUAUAUAUUAAUCCGAAAACGAAAUAUUUUCCAUCAAAUUUGAAAACGAUGUUAAUGCGCGUUUUGUUUCGGUAGCGUAAUUUUGUUUACAUUUUAUAAGCAGUACAUAAAGUAUAGCUACAACAUACCAAUUCACAAACUGCAAUAAAAUAUUACAGGAUACAAAAGUACACAGGUGCGUGUCGAGUUAGCGACUGCCCUGGUUAAAUAAACUACUAAUCUGGUGGCGAUAAGCAGUCAUUCAUUGAAAGGAUAUUGUUUCUUUAAAAUCCAAUAGUGUUUCUGAUAUAAUACAAAAUCGAUAAAGUUUUAUUUAUUUAAGGAUUUUGGACUUCCUAACCGAAACACCAUGCACCUGUCAACUCUAAAAAAAAUACUAAAAUAAACGACAAAAUAUUUUAUCCAAUCCAAUGAAUACAAUUUUUGAGAAUGAAUGUGUUUAAAUAAUUGUUUUAAAAAAGAUUAUUAAUAAAUAAUUGUUGAUAUAUCGAUAUUACUUUAUGAUUUCCUUGGAUAAAUCAGACAUAUUGUGUAA